GUCUUUUCAUUCUUUCAAAUUCUUUGCAAGCUUUGCAGUUGCGUUUCUGUUGUUGAGUGAAUACGCCGGUCGCUUCGUUCUACACACGUUUCUUGAGAUUGUAAUUUUUACAAAUUGUGAAUCACUAUACGAUUUGUAUACAUAUAAAAUUGUAUAUCGACGCGUUCAUCAUUGAUCAACAUGGAAUACUCCAAGAUUCCACAAUAUCCGCCGGCAUACAGCCCGCAAGAUCAGAAUAGGAUGUAUCCCACAGCCAGUGCACCACCCACCGAAAUGAUCCACUCAGCACCGCCACCUCCUCCCGCACCUGUAAAUAUUGUAAAUCAAACAACGGUUGUUGUUGAUGGACAGGGUGGACCAGGAAUGACCUGUCCUCAUUGUCGUGCUCGUGUCACGAUGACUGUCAAGCAUCAUGCGACAUGCAAGACUUAUUGUCUUGCUGGGUUUCUAUGCCUCUUCUUGUGCUGGCCCUGCGUCUGCUUGCCCUGCUGCUGCGACUGUUGCUACAGAACCAGCCAGUUCUGUCCCAAUUGCAAUGCUUGUCUCUCCAGCUUCUAAAACGACAUUCUCACAUUUCUGUGGAGCCAAGCAAAUUAUCAACACUCCAAAAUCACGUACUUCAUGAAUACUUAUGUUUAUCUACAUACAUAUGUACAUAUUGUAUAUUGCCACACAUCGUCGAGGAGACUUUAAAGCGCAAAAGAAAUCUGAAAACGGAAACCAAGCUAUGUACAUAUAGCAUAGCGUUUGGCUAUCGCCAGCAAGACUUGGCAUUAAGAAUAAACAAAUGCAAAACUUUAGAAGAUUAAAAACCAUUCAUGUAACUGUAUACCAAAAUACAUUAUUACUUACAAUUUGUACAUAGA